UCUUCUCCGCCGCUCUGGUCGCUCCGGCUUCCGUAGCUGAUGCUGGAGAUUGGGGGGGGGGGGGGCUCGGGUUAUCGAUCAGCCGGGUGUACACCCGAUUCUGCAGCUCUGACCCGCGGGAGCCCCUCCCCUUUUCUCCGGCAAGACAUAGAGAAACAAAGUAUCAACCGGGAAGAUGCGGAGCCGGGCCCCGGGGAGGGGAGCUAGCCGGCCCGACGACAUGGAGCCCGGGAGGACGAGGUGACGGCCACCCGCCUGGACCUGUACCAUCUGCGGACAGUGCUGGGCUCCCACCCCUGAGGGGCUCAUGGUUUCCAGUCUGCCCACCUCCACUUCAGAAGAUGACCAGACUGCUGCUGGGCGUCACUCUAGAGAGGAUCUGUAAAGCCGUGCUCCUCCUCUGCCUCGUGCACUUCGUCAUCAUCAUGAUCCUCUACUUCGAUGUCUAUGCUCAGCGCUUGGACUUCUUCACCCGCUUCAAUGUCAGGAACUACUCGCGGCUUCACCCAUACUACAACUUUACCAGGCCUAACGGGACUGUGCACAGCUACGCCGCAGCCGUCACCUCCACUGCCGAGAGCUGCACUGCCAGCGUCAAGGUGGAUCCUAAUCAGACGGUGACGGAGAGGCCUCUUCCUCCAUGUCCAGACUCUCCGCCUGGGCUGGUUGGCCGCCUGUUGAUUGAGUUCAGUUCUCCUAUGAGUAUGGAACGGGUGCAACGAGAGAACCCUGACGUGACGGAGGGCGGCAGAUAUACGCCUAGUGACUGCCAGCCCAAAGAGAGGGUGGCCAUUAUCAUUCCAUUCCGACACCGGGACCAUCACCUCAAGUAUUGGCUCCACUAUAUCCACCCCAUCCUGCGCCGCCAGAAGGUGGAAUAUGGCAUCUACAUCAUUAAUCAGUUCGGGGAGGAGACGUUUAAUCGCGCGAAGCUCAUGAAUGUCGGAUUCCUGGAGGCGCUAAAGGACGCAGAAUACGACUGUUUUAUUUUCAGCGACGUCGAUCUCAUCCCCAUGGACGACCGUAAUCUCUACCACUGCUACGAGCAGCCGCGCCACUUUGCUAUCGCCAUGGAUAAGUUCGGUUUCCGGCUGCCGUACGCCGGAUAUUUCGGAGGAGUUUCUGGUCUGAGUAAGCUGCAGUUCCAAAAGAUUAAUGGAUUCCCGAACGAGUACUGGGGCUGGGGAGGAGAGGACGACGAUAUCUACAACAGGAUCACCUUGAACGGGAUGAAGGUUUCCAGACCCGACAUUCGCAUCGGACGUUAUCGGAUGAUCAAACACGAGCGAGAUAAGCACAACGAGCCCAACCCCCAGCGGUUCACAAAGAUCCAGAACACGAAGGUGACGAUGAGGAAGGACGGGAUCAACUCGCUGCGCUAUCAGGUUGUGCACUUUGCCAAAUACCCCAUGUACACAAACAUCACAGUGGACAUUGGGAAGCCCCCGCCACGGCCGGUGCGGGGGUAGGGCCCUGUACAGGAUGGUGGGCUUCCCUGCACUUGGACAAUGACCCCCAGCCGCCGCUUCUCCCCGUCACCACUCGCGGCUCACAGGGCGUCACCAGGAGAUUGUAGCAGCCGCCAGCGGGAUCUACUGUGAUCUGCCCAGGAGGGCCGCCCCCCACUCACUGGAUGCUGGGGGCUUUUUUUAUUUUUGGAAGCUGCCAAAUGGGGCAAUUGUUCAUGACUCCAGUCACAUCCAGAGCUGCAUUCACAGUUCUGUCGGUUUAUUAUGCUGGAACGCACCACACACUAUGAUCUGCUGCAUUGCACCGCGUGGCUGCCGCCAUCUACACAGGAUGACUCUGGGGCCCCCAAAAUGGCCGCAAGAUUAGUGAUCCCUCCCCAUAAUAGUCAGCCCCAUGAGGAAUGUAGACUUACCGCAGCGGGGGAGGGGAAGACGCGACCGUCCAGGUGGAGGCGUCGUUCGUGGUGGCUGCAGCGUCUUACGGACGGGGUUACGGGACAGACACCGACCUUUGCCCUCUGCGUCUCCUGCAGUUAAUACUUCCCUUUGCUCCGCCACAAUCUUCAUGCUCUUUUAGUAUUUUUUUUACAAUUUUCUGUAUCUGAUAUAAAGACGCGACGUGCAUGAGAUUCCCGGAGCGCCGCCGCCGCCCGUGCAUGUGACACAUAUAGCGACUCUACUGCUGGCCAGUGCCCGCCGGGGGCCACAUCGCCUGUUUUGUAGCUUUCAGUGAGAAUUCAGGUGACAAUUCUAGGCCCACCGUUUACGGAAGAAGACCACCGAUGGCGGUGCGAGGUCAGGUGACCACCCGGAGGGGAUGUGGCUGCCACUCCUCUGGACCGUGUUCACAUGAACAGCCUUCAGCACACGGGCGCGGGGUUUCCGCAGCACCGGAGAAAUGGCGUUACUUCUUUCAGGCGGAUUCUGCCACAUUCCCCAUUGACAUCAAAGAGGAAGAAAAAAAGCUCUAAGGCCGACUGUACUCCACUCACAUCCAGAGCUGCACUGACAAAUCUGAUGUUACAUUGUGUCCUAUACUCCAGUCACCGCCAGAGCUGCAGUCACAAUUCUGCUAUUAAUCAAGUCUUAUACUCCAGUCACCUCCAGAGCUGCAGUCACAAUUCUGCUAUUAAUCAUGUCUAUAAUCCAAUCACACCCAAAGCUGCAGUCACAAUUGUUCUGUUACAUCAUGUCUUAUACUCUGGUCACCUCCAGAUCUGCAUUCACUAUUCUGCUAUUAAUCAUGUCUAUAAUCCAAUCACACCCAGAGCUGCAGUCUUAAUUCUUCCGUUACAUCAUGUCUUAUACUCUGGUCACCUCCAGAGCUGCAGUCACAAUUCUGCUAUUAAUCAUGUCUAUAAUCCAAUCACACCCAGAGCUGCAGUCACAAUUCUUAUGUUACAUCAUGUCUUAUACUCCAGUCACCUCCAGAGCUGCAGUCACAAUUCUGCUAUUAAUCAGGUCUAUAAUCCAAUCACACCCAGAGCUGCAGUCACAAUGUCUUAUACUCUGGUCACCUCCAGAGCUGCAGUCACAAUUCUGCUGUUACAUCAUCUUAUACUCCAGUCACCUCUAGAGCUGGAGUCACAAUUCUGCUGUUACAUCAUGUCUCUACUCCAGCCACAUACAGAGCUGCAGUCACAAUCCUGCUGUUAAAUCAGGUCUUAUACUCCUGUCAUACCCAGAGCUGCAGUCACACUGUUACAGCAUGUCAUACAGUCACACCCAGAGCCGCAGUCACUAUUCCAUUGUCACAGCAUGUCUUAUACUCCAAUCACACCCAGAGCUGCAAUCACAAUUCUGCUGUUACAUCAUGUCUUAUACUCCUGUCACCUCCAGAGCUGCAGUCACUAUUCUGCUGCUAUACAUCUCCUGUGGUCACACACCUAGUUGAUACCCCACAUCUAUAGAUGCGUAUAUAGCAGAAUUUUGAUUGCAGCUCUGAAUGUGACUGGAGCAUAAGGCAUGUUGGGAUUAGUAAGGGGUUCUUGGUUUUGAGGUGGAGAUUUAACCUGUGAUGUGCCGCUCAGUAUUGGAGCUGCUGGUAGUAUUGUACUAACGGGACACGCAGAUUGCGGUGUGAGCUGUGACUCGCCCCUUCCGAGGUCCUGUACUAAGCCUCGUGUGGGCGGAGUCAUGAGGUUAUAACGUACAGGCAGGGUGCAGAUAUAUUCUUUCUAUCCCUCGUGACUCAAUCUCAGCAGCAGAAACGACGGAUCUGCUGCUUCGUGACAAUGUCUCAUGAGAUCCGCCAGCAGCGAUAUCGGAGCGGUCUGCGGCAUGCUGAGAGGGGCACAGGCGAGGAGACGUACCGCUGUGGAGGUGUGCUCCUGCUUUACAGCUGCCGUAAAGCGAGACAAUGUAUCAGACGCAGGAGGUGGUCGGGGGAGGCUUCCAUUGGCGCCUGCGCCCGCGGAGCUCUGUCCACUUUGGAUGCUUCUUGUAAUUCUUUUUGUAAUCUCCGUCUUUACAGUUUUCAUAAAAUAAUUGUUGA